AUGUGGAGCCGGAACAACAGCAACAGCUUAUAUCCUAAUAGGGAUGCAUCUCAUAUCAGUGAGAUUGAGCUAGGAGAAUUGGAGCUGGCGGCGCAACAAGCGCUUGUCACCAUGGCCCACGGCUCACGAGAUGGCCAAGUGAAUGCCUAUUCCACCCAUGAGGUGGAGGUCGCCCAGAGAUUAGUGAUGAUGUCUCAAGGCUGGAACAGCGGCCAACUCUACUUCCAGCCUCCGAUGCCAGAACACACUAAAUUGAAAUCAUUUACGGUGAACUCGCUCGAAAAUAUACUCGGGCAACCGUCCGUAGCACCAGAUUCAUUAUCGCCACUGAUGGCCCACCCAUCAAAGCACGACAAUCGAUUCACCCAGCCAACCACGGCCCUACCUUCGCCCUCUCUCUUGUCCUCGAUUCAUCCCAAUCUAAGUCCCCGACUUCGUUUAUCCCCGCCCAAUCCCCGAGCCCAGAGUAUCGAUCCACGUCCCCCUCCGCUAUCCUCCGAAACAUAG